UAGUAUAAAGUGCCAUUCAAAGCUGAGUCAAGCAAAGAUACGGACUUGCUAGUUGAUUUUUUGAAAAUGGGUAUUCCGUGUGAGUCAUCUCGUGACACCCAUCUCGGGCAGCUGAUGUUGGAAAAGUUAAAGGAGCACAAAGAUGCAAUUUGUCAGAUAGACGCAGCUACAGGCGAAGAGGAAUCCUAUGCCUCAGUGGCCUCACGAUCAAUACAGCUUGCCAGAGCUCUCCGAGCAUACGGCUUGAAACCAGGAGAUGUGCUUGCUCUGGGCGGCAAAAACCAUUUGGACCUUCACAUUCCCUUCUACGCGGCACUUUAUAAUGGUCUACCACUUGUCGGAGUUGAUCCACUUUUCAAAUAUGAUGAAGUUCGGACACUAUUCAAGUUAACAGAACCAAAAAUAGCAUUCUGUCAAAAUGAAUCAUAUGACACUUACUCCAAAGCGGCUGCUGAUCUCGGACUUGAUAUGAAAAUUGUAACUUUUGAGCACGGAGAAUGUACAAUGGCUGAGUUUAUUGACAAAUAUGAUACAGAAGAACCUGAAGAUGAUUUCAGAGUGACUGACUUCGACACCGACAAGAUAUACGCAUUCUUGGUCAGCACAAGCGGCACUACAGGCAAAGUGAAAGUUGUGGCAUUUAAUCACAAACCCUUCAUAAACAAAAUCAAAGGGCUUCUGAAACUGUACAAUUAUGAUAAACAGCCAAAGAAGAGAGUCUUGAACUUAUCUCCAGUGAAUUGGAUAUCAAACUACUUCAUGUCUGUGGGCAGCCCUCUGAAUGGAGACACAAAAGUACAAACUUCUUUACCAGAUGAUUAUGAACAUAUUAUUUACGUAAUAAAUAAAUACAAGCCUGUGACUUGCCUAAUAGGACCAACGCUUUUGACCUAUCUAGUAAGCCGAAAGAAAGAUGUGGACUUUAGCUGCUUUAAAAGUGUCACCAUAACAGGCUCCAAAAUAUUCCCCGAAUUGCUUGCUAAGCUUAAGGCUCUUCUAAACAAAGAUACCUUAGCCGUGGAAGCGUAUGGUCAAACAGAGACGAUUGGGUCUGUCUUAGGUCCCAUCCCAAAUGGCCCAAGUGGCAGCUGUGGAAGACCACUACCUAUCUAUUCUAUUAAGUUAGUAGAUCCAAAUACUGGAGUAGAGAUAAAGGAGCCUUACGUAACUGGUGAAUUGUGGAAUAAGGGACCUAGAUUCACGGAAUACUAUAAUGACCCCGAGGAAACAGCACUAGCUUUUUCAGAAGAUGGUUAUUUCAAAACUGGAGAUCUACUAUAUAAGGACGAGAAUGAUAAUUAUUUUUAUAUGGACAGGCUCAAAACUUUGAUAAAGUACAGAAAUUCACAUAUCUUGCCAUUAGAAGUAGAAGAACAAAUAAGCACGCAUCCAGGUGUAAAAGAAGUAUGUGUGGUCGGUGUCAGUGACCCUCUAGAGGGACAAGUGGCAGUGGCGUGUGUAGUCAAAAAUGGUGAAUGCCACGUUACUGCACAGGAUAUUAAAGAUCUCGUUGCGAAUAAACUGUCCAAAAAUAAACAGUUACGAGGUGGCGUCGUGUUCGUAGAUCAAUUGCCAUUGACAUCAUCUGGGAAACUUGCGAGGAGCAAAGUUUUACAAUUAGUUAGCAGCAUGAAGAGGGAGUAAAAUGAUAAUUUAACAGACACUAUUUAAUAGUAUAGGAAAUAAAAUUUUAAUUAACCAAAAUAAUGAUCCUUCGUAUGGAUGUAACCGAUGAAACCAAGUAUUCAUACAAGGAAAUGAUAAAAAAAAACUGUUGCUGCAGUAAAUGAUAUUUGGUAAAAACUGGAUCAUUUUUGGACUGGAGUUGAAUUAUUGAUAAUCCGUAGAUAUUGUGAUAUUGGUAUAUUUAAGUAAAAUUGGGUGCACUAAGGAAAUGAAUAAAUUAUUUAUAUUUUAAAAUUCAA